UGAUGCGAUUUCCUGCUAUCUAAUCAGCAUUUUGCAUGAUAAAAGUGCAUGUGAAACAAAAAAGAACUUGAGUUCACAAAUCAAGUGUGACAGACACACGGACAGACAGACACAUAGGGGUAAAUCAAAUGUCUCUCAAACCACUAAAGUGGUGAGAGACAUUAUCUUUAUCCAUAACUUUUUUAACGGAGUUAGAUGGGUUGACCUCCUAUUUAAUCUUGUUGGAUAUCCUACUAGGUCAACUUAGGUACAACAUUAAAAUGUUUAUGCCCAUGUCCCUAUGAAUGGAAAGCAGGCACACAGCGGACAACCUGUCCUGACCCAUUGAUGAUCUUAGUUUUGUCUUAACAAGUCCUUGGGCACUGAUACUCCUUUCACACUCGCAUGAUGUGACAGGGAACACACAUGAAAUGGACAAAACAGUGUAAAUGGUGGGGUACAGCUGGGAAUCACAAUGUGCAACAGAGCCCUUAAGGGAAGUAGGUGGGUUGGGUACACGUUUCCACCUAGCCUGCCAUAGAAAGUGCAACUCGGCAGGGAGGGACUGAGAGGAAGGGAGAUCAUCAUUGAACCAUUCAAGGUUACUAGCACUGACAGGAGAGGAGCACAUUUGUUCAGGAGCACUGAGGGCGAAAGGACUAUUUUAGCUUGCUGGCGACACAUCUUGCUGAAAGGGACAUCUCUUGCGCGGUGUUUCCAUAUACAUGAAGCACACGGCCUAUAGUAGUCUAAAGACUUAAGAAAAUAGACCCACCAAGAAAACACGUUACUUAAUGAUUUGGUAUGCAUUUUGUAUGGUAACAUUUGGCUUAUAGAAGUGGCUCAUAAUUAGUAUGUCAACAUUGAAAGCAAAGAAUCCCACAAGACGCAUAUCAAAAGAAAUACGUUGCAUAUGGAUGAUGAUACUAAGAUCAGUAGAAUGAUACCGAUCGCCGUGUGAAGUCUCUUUUGUUUGACGAGUUUUCAGGAGACGAAUUUCGAAUGUCAGUCAACAAUACUACAUUCCGUUUCCUUGCAAUACUGUCAGUAUUGACGGUCCUCAAUGUGACGUUCUUGGGCUUUAACCAUACCCGGAAGGAAAACGUACCAACGUGUUCAGUCGAUGACGUCCUCGAUGGCAUCACAAAUUACAUACGGGGAACGGGAGCGCGUGACAUUGAAUCAGUUAUGCCUGAGGUGUGCAAAGCUGUCAUAAGAAAGACUGACGUUAAACAAAAUCUUAUCGCAUCCGUAAAUGGGUUGAUUUCAGUUUGUCUCCAAAGAAAUGCGUCCAAGACUCUUCACAGAACUUUACCCAACCCGAUUGUUACGUUGUUUACCACGUGGUCAGAAACUAACAGCACCGAAAAGAAGACGGUUCAUAACUUAACAAUGCGGAAUUGGGCACAGUUCAAGCCGAUGGUGGAAGUAGUUGUUUUUACAAAUUCAACUGAAGAUGCUAAGCUUGCGAAAGCUUAUGGCGCGAGUGUGUUGCCCGUGUUACAACAUCGUGGCGGUGGAUCGCCUGUUUUGAAAUGGAUGUUUCAGGAAAUAAUGAAAGACCGUAUAACUAGCACUCUUUUCGGAUAUGUGAAUUCGGAUAUUCUUUUUACGGAUAAGUUCGUGCAAACCUUACAGGCGAUCAUUCGCAACAAGAAAUUAACACGUCCUUUUAUGAUUAUCGGACGUAGAACUAACGUGCUAGAUGUGACGUUGGAAGAAAGUGAGACGUUCUCAGAUCUUGAAAAAAUUGCCAAAACUAGAGGCGAACUUUUCGGCGCAAACGCGGAGGACUUUUUUAUAACGAAUUCCGCGUUUCCGUGGGCUAAAAUCAUCGAUGUCGUCGUAGGAAGAUUAGCGUUUGAUAAUUGGAUAGUGGGCCAUGCGAUUUGUGAACUUAAAAUAGACGUCGUUGACGUUAGCGACACCGUGUUGGCGGUACAUCAGAGUACCAAAGCCGGUGGAAACUACGAGGGCUUUCAGAAUAAGUACGCGCACUAUAACGCCGCUCUGUUCAAAGCACUGGCUUUAAACCCCGUGUAUGAGCGGGGUUUCACUAUUUGUACACAGGAGAGAACGUUCGUAAGCUUUUGCGGAGAGAUUAUGGUCACGAAACGGCAAGACUUUUGGGGACCCUGUGACUGUCAUAUAAUUGUAAAGCAAUAAGGCCAUGCAAAACGGAUAGAUCAUCGUCUCGAAAUUGAGGAUAUGCUUAAACGGGUUAUUUUAUUGUCAUUUGAUACUUACAGAAAAAAAUGUUUGUUUAACUGACUUUAACAUAUAAUUGUGAACAUAACAAGGGUACUUUGUUACAAGUUCCAACUUGAAUUUCGAAAAUGUGUUGCUGUUGUUUGGUCAUGGUUUUAACAAUUUACCAAGGACGCUUUACAUAGGAUCAAAGUUUGUUGGCCAAGAUUUGAAUGUAUUGUUCUAUAUGUUCCCCAUUUAGUAAUCUAGUCAUUUUUCACGUUUUCAAAGUAUUUUGAUGUAUUAUAUACCUCGUAAUCGUUACUGCUGUUGAUUUAACCCGUUUAUCCAAAGAUAUGUUCCCAUUCCGCCAACUCAUUAUUGUAUAGAUAUGUUAAUUAAACAACGAGUCUUUU